ACCCCUCAUCAACGGUCCACUGCGUCGUCUCUCAAGUCUCUCACGUUCCUCUCUCUCUCUCUCUACCUCUAAAUACUGCUCUGUAAUCAUUCUGUAAUCAGGGAUUUUCAAAGAGAUUGUGAAUACACAUUUUCGUAUUUGCGUUUGAGCAGCAGAGAAAUUGAGCUUCUUCACAGGUAUAAUCUGAAUGGAGGUGGCAGUAAUUGAUUGGAAGAGUAUAGAUACAAGAUUUGUGGAAGACGAGUUGUAUGAGUACAUCAAUGCGCCUAAAUGGGUAGAUUUCUCCGCCCCGGAUGACCCCGUUGAUGAUGAGGCCUGGUUCUGCCGACCCAAUUGUGACCACCCAAAGACGGCUGAAGAUUUCCUGAAUGAGAAGCUGAGGACGCCCACUUCGAAUUCUAAGCUGCAAAGAUCAGUUAGUGUAUCCGAUAUCCCUCCAUUCGGUGACAGAAACAAGAGAGAUGCAACACUGAAGAAGAGAGGGAUAAAUCAACCUUUUGCGACGAUCAAGGACACAAACUAUCAUAGGGUGGUCGAAGAUGGCGAAAAUCAAGACCCCAAUUUCUCAACUCCUCUAAUUCACAAAGCUAAACUUGGAAAAGGGGCACUCAAAUCAAGCACAGAGAAGAAACAAAUAAAGGAGACUAUGACGAAGAAGGAACAAACACCAAAGCUGAGAAGUACUUUGUCAGCAAGGAAUUUGUUCUCAGGUGGGGAUUUACUAAACAAGGUUGCAGAGUUUUGCAACGAGUUGAAGAAGAUCGCAACUAGAACAAGAGAUAAGGAGACCGCAGUUGAUGUGGACAGAAACAAUGUGGAAAAGCAUCAGGGUAAAGAUCAUAGUGAUGAAAAUUUAGGGGUUUUGAAUGAUAAAGAAAAGGAAAGGAAACCAUUGCUAGAGUUGCCUAAAGUGAAAAGUGAAGCAAUCGAGUUAAGUGGCUCCAAGGGGCAACAGAGAAGGAAAAAAAGAAAUGAUGAUGCAGAGAACACUCCAAUUUCUGUUGAUGUGAAGAACAUUAAGCACCAAGAAGGAGCAGAGGGCUUGUUGCAAAUCCGGACUUGUCCUCCCACUCCACAGUGUUUCUCUGCCAAUCGCGGACCUCUGAAAUCAACGACACCUAAGCCUUUCAGGCCCAGACCUCUGAAUCAGGAGAGAGGGAUUCUGCAGGAGCUGAAACAGAUGAACAAGGAGGUGGUGAAUAGGGUUGAAAGAGAGGAGAAGACCAGCAACCAUGGAGGAGAGGCUGCUGAAAAAGAAGCAAGAUCGUUGGACGUUUUCUGGUUCCUAAAGCCGUGCACUCUCUCAAGUUAAAUCAACAGAUACAACAAAUCAGCCAUAGAGAAACUUUGCAUAUAUAUAUAUAGUCAACUCUUUCAUUCUUUCAUUUUUUAUACAAUUCCAUUGUCUCAUUAUUUCUUGAUUCAUUUGUUUGUUACUUAGAAAACAAAAUGUUGACGAAUAAAGAUAUGUACUGUGCUAUAUUCAAGCAACUUCCAGUCAAUAAAUGAGAAUGCCUCCUUUCUGAAUUUA